ACUUACAGGGAUACUAUUGUUGUACUGUUAUGUGCUUCUGGAUUUCUGUAGUUUGAAGCUCUAACCAUGGCGUCUGUUAUUUCUGCGUCACUCUUAAUUUUCAUAUGCAUCCUCCUUAAUGGUUAUGUGCACUGCCAAAGGCCCCCAGUUGUGAAUGUUGGUGUGGUCUUUACAUUUCAUUCUGUCAUCGGUAGGGCUGCGAAAAGCGCCAUGGAAGCUGCAGCUGCCGAUAUCAAUGCGGAUCAGAGCAUUCUUAAUGGCACCCAACUCAAUUUAAUAAUGGCGGAUGCAAACUGCAGCGUUUUCAUGGGGUCUAUUGGAGCUUUUCAAGUAAUUGAGAAAGAUGUGGUGGCCAUUAUCGGACCACAAUCUUCAGGAAUAGCCCAUAUGAUCUCCUCCAUUACCAAUGGACUCCAAGUGCCUCUUAUCUCAUUUGCUGCCACAGAUCCUACUCUCUCCGCUGCCUUUCAAUUUCCCUUCUUUAUCAGAGGCAUACAAAGUGACUAUUGCCAGAUGGCAGCCAUGGCUGAUUUGAUUAACUAUUAUGGGUGGCGGAAGGUUAUUGCUGUCUAUGUGGAUGAUGAUUAUGGAAGGAAUGGGAUAUCUGCUCUAGAUGAUGCACUUGCUGAGAAAAUGUCAAAGAUUUCUUAUAAAGUGGCAUUUCGACCUGGAGCCAAUCCUGGUGAAAUCGCUGAUUUGCUUAAUAAAUCCAAACUGAUCGGCCCACGUGUUUAUGUUGUUCAUGUUAGUCCUGAUUCAGGUCUCGCAAUCUUCUCCAUAGCCCAAAACCUUCAAAUGAUGACCAGUGAUUAUGUGUGGUUUGCAACAGAUUGGCUUUGUGCUACAUUAGAUUCAUCGUCAAAUGUGAACCAAACAUUGCUCCUUCCCCUGCAAGGGGUAGUUGGACUCCGUCCACAUAUUCCACAAUCCUGGAUGCAGAAGGCUUUUGUCUCUCGCUGGAGAGAAUUACAACGGAAAGGUUUAGUUAGUUCUGGGUUGAAUGCUUAUGGCCUUUAUGCUUAUGAUACAGUGUGGGCUGUUGCACAUUCUCUUGAUGCGUUCUUAAAUGAAGAUAGGAACAUCACGUUCUCUUUUAACAAGAAGUUACAUGAUCUCAAUGCAACAUCACUGCAGCUGGAAGAGCUCAAAACUUUUGAUGGGGGUACUGACCUCCUUAAUAAAUUGUUGCAGACAAACUUCACAGGUUUAACAGGUGCAGUAAAAUUUGAUACAGACAGGAAUCUCAUUGGCAAUGGUUAUGAAAUUAUUAACGUUGAUAAGGCAGCACUUCGUAGGAUUGGUUACUGGUCUAAUAAUUCAGGUCUUUCGGUUGUAGUACCAGAGACAUUAAAACAGGGACAGCGUAGCAAUUCCCAGUUGGAUCAGAAACUCAGCAAUGUAACCUGGCCUGGUCAGAAGACAGAAAAGCCACGUGGGUGGGUGAUUGCAGACAAUGAAAGACCAUUAAGAAUUGGAGUGCCAAAACGAGUUAGUUUUGUUGAAUUUGUAACAGAAAAUCGCAGUAAUAAAAUUGAAGGGUAUUGUAUUGACGUGUUUAGUGCAGCUCGGGAACUAAUCCCCUAUGAAGUCCCUUACAAAUUUGUGGCUUUUGGGAAUGGUCAGUCCAAUCCCAAUUACAAAGAGCUAGUGAGGAUGGUUGCUGAUAAUGUUUUUGAUGGAGCCGUUGGGGACAUCGCUAUUGUAACAAACCGGACAAUGAUUGCUGAUUUUACUCAGCCUUAUGUUGCAACAGGGCUUGUAAUAGUUGCUCCUAUCGGCAAUAAAAGGUCAAGUGCUUGGGUAUUCCUCAGGCCAUUUACUGUGGAGAUGUGGUGCACCACUGCAGCAUUUUUUCUCUUGAUAGGAUUGGUUAUUUGGAUACUUGAGCAUCGUAUCAACAAAGACUUCCGUGGCCCACCUAGAAGACAGCUCAUGACUAUGUUCCUGUUUAGCUUCUCAACACUGUUUAAGACAAAUCAAGAAUAUACCAUGAGCACUCUCGGGCGGAUAGUGAUGAUGAUAUGGCUUUUCGUGCUGAUGGUGGUCACAUCAAGCUACACAGCAAGUUUGACUUCAUUUCUUACAGUCCAGCAGCUGUCAUCGCCUAUCACAGGAAUUGACAGUUUGAUUGCAACCAGAUGGCCUAUUGGGUAUCAAGUUGGUUCAUUUGCUGAGAGCUAUCUGAAAGAAAGUCUGAACAUACCUUCUUCAAGGCUGGUUUCUCUUGGCACACCAGAAGAGUAUGGAAGGGCACUGCAGCGUGGGCCAAGCAAUGGAGGGGUGGCAGCAAUUGUAGACGAGCUUCCAUAUGUGGAGUUGUUUCUUUCAAAACAGGCAGACUUUGGUAUCAUCGGACAAAUGUUUACCAAGAAUGGAUGGGGAUUCGCUUUUCAGAGAGGCUCUCCUCUUGCUGUUGAUAUGUCUACUGCAAUCCUCAAACUUUCUGAAAGCGGUAAACUCCAGGAGAUUCAUGACAAGUGGUUUUGUAAGUUGGGCUGUGCCAUACAGGGAACACACCAAUCUGAUCCUAAUCAACUCCAGCUAAGCAGCUUCUGGGGUCUCUAUCUUCUAUGUGGUGCUUUCACGCUCACCGCCUUUCUUGUGUUUAUAAUACAGAUGGUUUUGCAGUUUGUUCGAUACAAGCAGAAACAGAGGGAACUUUCUUCUCAUGCUUCUGAGCUAUCAACUGCUCAAUGUUCUCAGGUCAUCUAUAAUUUCUUUGCCUUCAUUGAUGAGAAGGAAGUGUGUGACAAUCCUGCACUCCCCCAGGCAAGUUGAUUGAUGGUGCAGAUACACAUUGAGGAUUUGAGAUUGGUGCAUUUGAUUAAGGCACUUGGAAGAAUCUGUAAUUCGAAGGGUUUUCCUUGAUGGAUCUCUGAUCAGCUUUGGUGGUGAUCAUGUAUAAUUUAGAACAAUAAGUUUUGAAAAAAAAAAAAACAGAGGAACAUUAAUCUUGUAUGGUAAAAUAUUGAUGGGUAUUUGGAAAUGUGCCCUCCAUAGAUGCUAAGCAAUGCAUUGACAUACUUAAAAGUUGGAAGUUCUAAUAUUCUACCAUCUUUAAGCAUGGUCUAACAUUCAUAUAUGAAUCAUGUAAAUAUUAUUUCUCCAAUAUGUUAUAAAAUGCCAAAGUUUCCAGUUUAGCA